AUGCCCUCAUGCCCUCAUGCCCUCAUGCCCUCACGCCCUCAUGCCCUCAUGCCCUCAUGCCCUCAUCCCCUCAUGCCCUCAUGCCCUCAUGCCUUCAUGCCCUCAUGCCCUCACGCCCUCAUGCCCUCAUGCCCUCAUGCCCUCAUGCCCUCACGCCCUCACGCCCUCAUGCCCUCACGCCCUCAUGCCCUCACGCCCUCAUGCCCUCAUGCCCUCACGCCCUCAUGCCCUCAUGCCCUCACGCCCUCAUGCCCUCAUGCCCUCAUGCCCUCACGCCCUCAUGCCCUCAUGCCCUCAUGCCCUCACGCCCUCAUGCCCUCAUGCCCUCAUGCCGUCAUCCCCUCAUGCCCUCACGCCCUCAUGCCCUCAUGCCCUCACGCCCUUAUGCCCUCAUGCCCUCACGCCCUCAUCCCCUCUUGCCUUCAUGCCCUCAUGCCCUCAUGCCCUUAUGCCCUCAUGCCCUCAUGCCCUCAUGCCCUCAUGCCCUUAUGCCCUCAUGCCCUCACGCCCUCAUGCCCUCACGCCCUCAUGCCCUCAUGCCCUCAUGCCCUCAUGUACUCCUGCCCUCAUGUACUCAUGCACUCAUGCACUCAUGCCCUCAUGCACUCAUGCCCUCAUGCCCUCAUGCCCUCAUGCCCUCAUGCUCUCAUGCCCUCACGCCAUCAUGCCCUCAUGCCCUCAUGCACUCAUGCCCUCAUGCCCUCACGCCCUCAUGCCCUCAUGCCCUCAUGCCCUCAUGCCCUCAUGCCCUCAUGCACUCAUGCCCUCAUGCCCUCAUGCCCUCAUGCCCUCAUGCCCUCAUGCACUCAUGCCCUCACGCCAUCAUGCCUUUAUUCCGUCAUGCACUCAUGCCCUCAUGCCCUCACGCCCUCAUGCCCUCAUGCCCUCACGCCCUCAUGCCCUCAUGCCCUCACGCCCUCAUGCCCUCAUGCCCUCACGCCCUCAUGCCCUCAUGCCCUCACGCCCUCAUGCCCUCACGCCCUCAUGCCCUCAUGCCCUCAUGCCCUCAUGCCCUCAUGCCCUCAUGCCCUCAUCCCCUCAUGCCCUCAUGCCCUCAUGCCCUCAUGCACUCAUGCCCUCACACUAUCAUGCCCUCAUGCCCUCAUGCAAUCACGACAUCAUGCCCUGAUGCCCUCAUGCCAUCACGCCCUCAUCCCCUUAUGCCCUCACGCCCUCAUGCCUUCAUGCCCUCAUGCCCUCAUGCCCUCAUGCCCUCAUGCCCUCAUGCCCUCAUGCCCUCAUGAGCUCAUGCCCUCAUGCACUCAUGCCCUCACGCCAUCAUGCCCUCAUGCCCUCAUGCACUCAUGCCCUCAUGCCCUCACGCCCUCAUGCCCUCAUGCCCUCAUGCCCUCACGCCCUCAUGCCCUCAUGCCCUCAUGCCCUCACGCCCUCAUGCCCUCAUGCCCUCAUGCCCUCAUCCUUUCAUGCCCUCAUGCCCUCAUGCCCUCACGCCCUCAUGCCCUCAUGCCCUCAUCCCCUCAUGCCCUCAUGCCCUCAUGCCUUCAUGCCCUCAUGCCCUCAUGCCCUCACGCCCUUAUGCCCUCAUGCCCUCACGCCCUCAUGCCUUCAUGCCCUCACGCCCUCACCCCCUCAUGCCCUCAUGCCCUCAUGCCCUCAUGCCCUUAUGCCCUCAUGCCCUCAUGCCCUCAUGCCCUCAUGCCCUCAUGCCCUCACGCCCUCACGCCCUCAUGCCCUCACGCCCUCAUGCCCUCACGCCCUCAUGCCCUCACGCCCUCAUGCCCUCAUGUACUCCUGCCCUCAUGUACUCAUGCACUCAUGCACUCAUGCCCUCAUGCCCUCAUGCACUCAUGCCCUCAUGCCCUCAUGCCCUCAUGCCCUCAUGCCCUCAUGCUCUCAUGCCCUCACGCCAUCAUGCCCUCAUGCCCUCAUGCACUCAUGCCCUCAUGCCCUCACGCCCUCAUGCCCUCAUGCCCUCAUGCCCUCAUGCCCUCAUGCCCUCAUGCCUUCAUGCCCUCAUGCCCUCAUGCCCUCAUGCACUCAUGCCCUCACGCCAUAAUGCCUCAUGCACUCACGCCCUCAUGCCCUCACGCCCUCAUGCCCUCAUGCCCUCAUGCCCUCACGCCCUCAUGCCCUCAUGCCCUCAUGCCCUCAUGCCUUCAUGCCCUCAUGCCCUCAUGCCCUCAUGCCCUCACGCCCUCAUGCCCUCAUGCCCUCAUGCCCUCAUGCCCUCAUGCCCUCAUUCCCUCAUGCCCUCAUGCCCUCACGCCCUCAUGCCCUCAUCCCCUCAUGCCCUCAUGCCCUCAUGCCCUCACGCCCUCAUGCCCUCAUGCCCUCACGCCCUCAUGCCCUCAUGCCCUCAUGCCCUCACGCCCUCAUGCCCUCAUGCCCUCAUGCCCUCAUCCUUUCAUGCCCUCAUGCCCUCAUGCCCUCACGCCCUCAUGCCCUCAUGCCCUCAUCCCCUCAUGCCCUCAUGCCCUCAUGCCUUCAUGCCCUCAUGCCCUCACACCCUCAUGCCCUCAUGCCCUCAUGCCCUCAUGCCCUCAUGCCCUCACGCCCUCAUGCCCUCACGCCCUCAUGCCCUCAUGCCCUCAUGCCCUCAUGCCCUCACGCCCUCAUGCCCUCAUGCCCUCACGCCCUCAUGCCCUCAUGCCCUCAUGCCCUCACGCCCUCAUGCCCUCAUGCCCUCAUGCCUUCAUGCCCUCAUGCCCUCAUGCCCUCAUGCCGUCAUCCCCUCAUGCCCUCAUGCACUCAUGCCCUCAUGCCCUCAUGCCCUCACGCCCUCAUGCCCUCAUGCCCUCACGCCCUUAUGCCCUCAUGCCCUCACGCCCUCAUGCCCUCAUGCCCUCAUGCCCUCAUGCCCUUAUGCCCUCAUGCCCUUAUGCCCUCAUGCCCUCAUGCCCUCACGCCCUCACGCCCUCAUGCCCUCACGCCCUCAUGCCCUCAUGCCCUCAUGCCCUCAUGCCCUCAUGCCCUCAUGUACUCCUGCCGUCAUGUACUCAUGCACUCAUUCCCUCAUGCCCUCAUGCACUCAUGCCCUCAUGCCCUCAUGCCCUCAUGCCCUCAUGCUCUCAUGCCCUCACGCCAUCAUGCCCUCAUGCCCUCAUGCACUCAUGCCCUCAUGCCCUCACGCCCUCAUGCCCUCAUGCCCUCAUGCCCUCAUGCCCUCAUGCCCUCAUGCCUUCAUGCCCUCAUGCCCUCAUGCCCUCAUGCACUCAUGCCCUCACGCCAUAA